AUGGCUUCAUAUUCAAACAUGAUACCAGAAGUCAAUGUUUUGCUAGUUGAACAUGACACUAAUCAUCUUAUUUCAGCAAAGCAAAUGUUGGAAUUCUUUUCAUAUAAAGUGAAAUGUGUUGAAUAUGCCUCGACUGCUUUAUCGAUGUUAUCAAAUGGGAAGGUUCAGUUUAAUAUUGUGAUGGCAAAUAUCAACUCACCGGACUCAUGCACUUUCAAGCUUCUCCAAGAAGCAUAUAAAAUGGAUUUGCUAGUGAUUUUGAUGUGCGAUAACGAUGAUGAUAUGAUGGCAAGUAGUGCUUUAGAAGAAGGGGCCUUUCUUUUUCUCAAAAAACCAGUUAAAAUGGAGAAUGUAAUGUAUCUAUGGCAACAUGUGUGGAGGGAGAAGACAUGGAAAACUAAAGAAAAAGAACAACUUCGAGAGAUGGUGGCUUACAACACAAUGUGCUAUGGCUUUGCGACUGAAGAAGAAAUUCAAAUGGAAAAUGUUAUGAGUGAUGACAAAGACGACGUUGAAAAUGGGGACAAAUCAAGCAAAAAAGCUAGAAUUAGAAAUGUUUCGAUAGAAUGGACUCAAGAACUCCAUAACAAAUUUAUGAAUGCUGCCAUUCAGCUUGGUGAAGGAAGAUGCUACCCCGAGGAGAUCCUUGAGCUCAUGAACGUACCUGGUCUUACAAGAAUGCAGGUGGCCAGCCAUCUCCAGAAAUGUCGUUCUCGGAGUUGGCGACCACCAGAAGAGCGAAAAAGUCACGCUGUUAAUAACUUGGCAUCGCCCAAGAUCGAGGCUACCAAGCCAAGACCAAGAAAAUAUGGGUCUAUGCCUAUUUUAACCAAACAUUCUGAGCAAAAGAAUCUCCAAAUCCAAGAAAACACAGAGAUAAUUCAAGAUCCACAAAUCUAUGAUCCAAUGAAUAAUAAUAACAUUUUGUUAGAAAAUUAUCCUCAACUUCCUCAGGUUGAACCCCUACAAGAUUUAAGUGGAUACACAUUUGCUCGAGUCAAUGUUGCAGCGCCCUACACAGAACUGCCUGGAACUAAUUCACAAAUAGUGCCUGCAGAUGACCUAUUUAUGUUUGGUUUCAAUAGUGUCACCAGUGAAAACUUACAAGCAGAUAUUGAUCAGCUGUAUUACCCUGGCCAGAUAUCUGUCAACCCUAACAUGCCAAGCACUGAUAAAUGGAGUCUGGUGGCAUCAAAUGGGCAAAUGAGACACAAUGCAGAUCCAAUAUGA